AUGACUAUGGAAAAAGAUCACAGACGUACACUUCAGCCCGCAGAGGAGCCAUUACCAGUUCCAGUGACCAGCAACGAUGGCACGCGAGAACUGGAGGAGACACGCGAAAAGGACGAUCACGACUAUACCGAACUAGACCUUGAGAACCAACCGACAAAUCUUCACCGUGUACGGUCCCACGUAUCGACCCACGAUGCUGCCAUAAUUCACCAUGACCGCGACGAACACUACGAACAAGGCGAUGAAGUCUACGACAAGCUACCUCCACACCGCAAAGUGAUAGUAGUCUCAGUCCUCUCCUUCUGUGCCUUUCUGGCUCCCAUCAGCUCAACAAGUAUCCUGGCCGCCUCUCCCGAAGUCGUGGCCACCUAUAACACUACCGGCGCCAUCUUCAACUUAUCAAAUGCACUGUAUCUGAUCUUCAUGGGCUUGUCACCACUAUUAUGGGGUCCACUAGGCCAGACCUAUGGACGAAAGUGGCCGCUUGCCAUUGCAGCUGUCACGUUCACAGCCUUUAGUGCUGCUUCUGCUGCUGCACCGGAUCUUGCUAGCUACUUUGUCUUCCGGAUGCUUACGGCGUUCCAGGGCACCACUUUCUUGAUCGUUGGCGGGACUGUCAUUGGGGAUAUUUAUCGGCCUGUUGAGAGAGGUACUGCAUAUGGCUGUUUCUUGAGUGGUACAUUAAUUGGACCAGCUCUUGGCCCGUUCCUUGGUGGAAUCAUUGUUACUUUUGUGACGUGGCGCGCCAUUUUCUGGCUUCAAGCAGCUCUUGCUGCGGUAGCAUCAAUAGCCGUGGUGUUCCUUGUGCCGGAGACCAUCCACCAUGCGAAGCAGGAGCAACUAGUUGGCCUCACGAGAGGCCAGAAGGCGAAGAAGCUCUGGUCAUGGAUCAAUCCUUGGAGGGUCGUGGUACUGUUUCGCUAUCCGAAUCUGCUCAUAGCUGGAAUUGCUAGCAGCAGUCUCGUCUGGAACAUGUACUCUCUGCUUACGCCAAUUCGAUAUGUGCUGAACCCGCGCUUUGGCUUGACUUCUCCGUGGCAGAGUGGUCUAUUCUAUAUGGCACCAGGAGCUGGCUACUUAGUUGGUACAUUUUUCGGUGGCCGCUGGGCAGACAAAAUCGUCAAGAAAUGGAUCAAGAAGCGUGGCCACCGCGUGCCCGAAGAUCGUCUGCACUCAUGCUUGACAGCUAUGGGUGUGGUCAUUCCAACUUGUAUGCUCAUCUAUGGUUGGUCGAUCGAAAAGGAAGUCGGAGGCAUCCCUCUCCCAGUGAUAGUCAUGUUCAUCCAGGGAGUGGCUCAGCUGUUUUGCUUUCCGAGCCUGAAUACCUACUGCUUGGACGUCAUGUCGGGGAAGAGCUCAGAAGUCGUGGCUGGCAACUAUGUCAUUAGGUACUUCUUUGCUGCUGCUGGCUCGGCAGCAUGUUUGCCUGUCAUUGAACGAAUUGGCGUGGGAUGGUUCAGCACUAUUAGUGCAGCGUUCUUGGUCUUGGCUGCGGCAGGUGUGUGGGCGACCGCCAAGCACGGUGGUGCAUGGCGAGUGUGUAUGGACAAGGACAAGGAGGAGAGGUAG